AUGGAGUACGCAUCAACUAACUAUGAACCUUCAUCGCUGCCGUCGCCGCCGCCGUCGCCGUCAUCCUCCGCCGUGUCUUUGUCUUCCUCUUCUCCUAACUCUCCACCUACCGAUCUACCGCCUGCCGUAGCUUCAUUACCUUCAUCCUCUCGCUACGUUUUUUCGCCGGUGACCAGCUCUUGUGCCGCCUGUAAGUUCUUAGGUCGGAACUGUGCAAAGAAUUGCGUGUUGGCACCUUGGUUUCCUCCUAAUGAUACCAUCAAUUUCAGCACUGUCCAUCGUGUUUAUGGUGCUAGCAAUGUCAUCAAGUCCUUGCAGGAAUUGCCGGAAUCUCAAAGAGCAGAUGCUGUAAGCAGCAUGGUGUACGAGGCAAAUGCUAGACUGAGGGAUCCUGUAUAUGGUUGUGCAGGGUCAAUUUUCCAUCUACAAAAGCAAGUGAGUGAUCUCCAAGCACAAUUGGCAAAGGCACAAGCCGAGAUUGUCAACAUGCAAUGCCAACAAGCUCAUCUGUUGGAACUAAUUUGCAUGGAAAUGGGCCAAUCUCCACAAGCAAUAUCACCACCACAACAAUCUUUGGAUAAUUUCACUCAUAAUAUCCCUAUGAGCUUCUUAGAUGAUGAUAACUCUGGAUCAGUGUGGGAGGCCCUAUGGACAUGACGAUUAAAGAUCAAAACUCAAAAUGCUCUCGGUGAAAGGAAACUGAAUUGUAAUAUAAAUUGAGCCAAAUCUUCAAAGAUUUGUGUUAAUGUUUAUUCAGGUACUUUUUUUCGUAAUAUGAUUCUGAUAAGAG